AUGAGCGGAACAGUGAGUGAUCCAGGUACAAGAAAACGGUGUCGUAAUCCGUCAUAUAUGAUUACGAAAGCAAAACUGGGGAGAAAUGAUGGCCGUUUUCUAACAAUAAACACGUCUCGGAAAACAAGAAAAGUAGAAGAAAAAGGAAAUAUAAAUCGUCAAUUAUCAACAUAUUAUGAUAAUAUAUCAUCACUUAGUUCAUAUAAAACUAAUGAUAUACAAUUAAUUAAAACAAAUGAUGCUGAUCUUAAUGGUAUGUUUUAUUUUAUUCUUAAUUCAUCUACGGUAUUUUUUUAUAAUUUAAGUACUUGUGUUGCUACAGGUGGUGCUGGUGCUACUUAUGAGGAUCAAGUUGGCGGUGCAUCUCUUGACAAAGUAGUGAUUUAUGUAUGUGGUGAAAGAUAA